AUUUCUAAUUAAACAAUAUUGUUUUGUUGUACAUUUUGGUGCUUUUCAUUCAGCUUUUAUCUGUAAAUGUCCAGCGUUAUUCCAGCGCUCAGGUCAGACGGUCACGUGACGUUCCAGGUGAGACACAGGUGUAAGCGGAGGCCUCUUGCGCUCCAUCCAUUAUUCAGAUGGAGGAAUCUGAUUGGCUGCUGCAGGAGCGUGUGUCUGCACACCUGUCGCGGUCGGUCUGUCUGUCUGUCUCUCUCUCUUCCGAACAGCAUCGUCCUCAGAGCGUCCCGCACCCGGUUGGAGCUGAAGAUGGUUUCUCCUGCGAUCGCUUUGGCUUUUCUUCCGCUGUUGCUCACGCUGAUUAUCCGCUACCGGUAUUAUUUCGUGCUCCUGUAUCGGGCUGUUCUGAUCCGCUGGGUGCGGGACUGUCUGACGGGUCUCAGCCGGGAGGAGCGGGCGUUUCAGUACAUCCUGACCCACGCCACACCCGGUGACGCCCAGAGCAUCCUGGACACAUUCGACCGCUGGUGCAGCACAGUGGAGUUCAUCAGCAACAUCGGACCAAAGAAAGGUAAGAUUCUGGACCGGCUGCUGCAGGAACACUGUCCAAUCACGGUGCUGGAACUGGGCACUCACUGCGGCUACAGCACCGUCCGCAUGGCCCGUUCGCUGCCCAUCGGUGCCCGCAUUUACUCCAUCGAGAUGGAUGAGAGAAAUGCUCAGGUGGCUGAAAAAAUCAUUCGUCUGGCAGGUUUUGAUGAUGACAUGGUGGAGCUGAUCGUGCGUCCGUCAGAUGAGGUGAUCUCGCGUCUGCGUGAGGAUUACGGCGUGGAGCGUCUGGAUCUGGUGUUCAUGGAUCACUGGAAGCGCUGUUACCUGCCAGACCUGCAGCUGCUGGAGGGCAGCGGUUUGCUGGGCGAGGGGUCCAUCAUUCUGGCCGAUAACGUCAUCUUUCCAGGAGCGCCCAACUUCCUGCGACACGCGCGCCGCUCGGGCCUGUACGAGGUCAGAGUUCACCGUGCCACGCUGGAGUACAUCCGCGGCAUCCGCGACGGCAUGGCUGAGCUCACCUUCCUCGGGAUCAAGUAAAACACGCACGUUUCACAGCCACAGGAUGUUACGUGAUGCAGUGAACAUACUGACAGUCACAGGUUUCAUUUAUUUGACCGUCGUUCAGUAACGUGAAUCCUCAGGUGAUGAACAACAUUUACACGUAUGCGUUUGUUACAUCCAAAGUGACUUACAUUGCAUUCAAGACACAUAUUUAUAUUUAUUUAGUGCUGCUAGUGAAAAAGUCAAAAAGUAACUGGUAUUAAUGUCAACAUGAAAUAAAAUUCACCCCAUGUAUUUUCUAAAUGCAUCUUAUUGAUUUUAUUAUGAGUAAUUAAUCUGUGCAUAGGUGCUUUUGAAUUUUUUUUUUUUUUAUAAUAAUAUGUAAUGUAAAAAUAUGUAAAAUGAAAUAACUGGACCUCCUGGUGGAAACCUGCAAAUUUGAAAAAUGUUUCAGAAAAAAAUAAAAUUCCACUGGACAAAAAACUCUGGAAAACACUUGUAAACAUUAAAAG